GUUCACAUCAUGGCACAACUGAAAUUCCUGGUUUGUCUGCUCUUUUUAACUCAAGCGUUGGCUCAAGAUUGCAACUUUGACAGUGGAAAUAGCUGCAGUUACCAAAAUGGUGUUGGACAGUUUCAAUGGACUGUCCAGAGUGGCUCGACAUCCAGUAGUGGAACGGGACCAAGUGCUGAUGUCAGCGGCUCAGGUUAUUACCUGUACAUAGAGACGUCUAGUCCAAGACAGUCUGGCGACAAAGCUGCAAUUUUGACACCUACCUUGAACGGCAACCAAUGCAUGAAAUUUUCCUACCAUAUGUACGGUGGUGAUAUUGGAACCCUCAAAAUCUAUGCCAACAAUCAAAUAAUAUUUUCACGAUCAGGAAAUCAAGGAAAUCGAUGGGUGCAAGCAGAAAAAUCAAUAAUGCAAAGUGGAAGUUAUCAGGUCAAGUUUGAAGGCACCCGUGGUAAUGGUUACGAAGGUGACAUUGCAAUUGAUGCUAUCAGUUUCACCCCAGGUAGCUGCUCCUCAUCGGCAAAUUCAGUGAAAUGUAACUUCGACCAGAAUAGCCUUUGCUCCUUCACUAACAGUCAAAAUGAUGACUUUGACUGGACAAUCGGUAGAGGAAGUACACCAAGUUAUCAAACAGGACCUUCACAAGAUGUUUCUGGACUUGGAUAUUAUGCCUUCAUUGAAACAUCAAGUCCCAGAAGUCAAGGUGAUAAAGCAUAUCUUGCCAGUCCUAGUGUUAGUGGGGCUCAAUGUUUGAAAUUUUCCUACCACAUGUAUGGGGCAUCAAUGGGAUCCCUGAUAGUCUAUCAAAGUAUGAGUGGAAGUAUGACAGAGGUAUUCAGAAUGUCGGGCGAUCAAGGAAACCAAUGGAAAAUGGCCCAAGUAGAAUUAUCCAGUGGAAACAACUACAAGGUUAUAUUCAGUGGUGUGACAGGAAGUAGUUACCAAGGUGACAUUGCCCUGGACGAGAUCUCAAUCACACCUGGUGGCUGUCCUAGAUUUGGAUCAUGUGGAGCGAAAGGCCGCGGUCUGAGUGACUUCUCAAGAAUAGUCGGUGGACAACAAGCCCAACCAGGUGAAUGGCCGUGGCAGGUUUCACUUUUGCGUGGAGGCUCCUCGUUCUGUGGUGGCUCACUUGUUUCAAAUGAAUAUGUCAUCACAGCAGCUCAUUGUGUUAAAGCUACGGACUGGUAUCGCGUGAAGGUCAGAUUGGGCGAACAUGACAUGAACAAUAAUGACGGCCAUGAACAAGAUAUUGAUAUUGCAGUAAAUGGCAUCACAGUUCACCCUCAGUACGACCCAGCACCAACUGAUUAUGACAUUGCCAUAAUUAAACUAUCCACACCUGUCAAAUACACACAAAGGAUUAAGCCUGUCUGCAUAAAUAAGGGCAAAGACUUCACAGGUCAACGUUGUUACAUCUCGGGAUGGGGCAGACUAUCAAGUGGAGGAGCGACACCAAAUAUUUUACAGGAAGCCCAAGUUCCUAUUGUAACCGUACAGCAAUGCCGAACAGCAUAUGGUCAUAGUAGCAUCACUGAUCGAAUGUUGUGCGCUGGAUAUUCACACGGUGGUACCGAUACUUGCCAAGGUGACAGCGGGGGUCCACUUGUUUGCCAACAUAGCGAUGGUUCAUGGCAUCUUACCGGCGUGACAAGCUGGGGCCGAGGGUGUGCAUUGGCGGGAUACUAUGGAGUUUACGCUCAUGUUGCAAACCUUUAUCCCUGGGUACAGCAAGUCACUGGACUUUAAGUUUAAUACUCGUCAAGUACCAUGUGCGCAAUAGUUGGUCAUAAUUACAAUGAUUGUUAAGUAUUAGAAAUUAAAGACGUAUUCAA